AUGAAGCAAACAAAAGGACUCGAGGGUGAGAAGAAAUCCAUCAUAAAAUUUGAAUUUAACCCCAAAGAUGGAAUCGACAACCCUGCCUUGUCACUGAGUGAGGACACAGAUGGCGAGGCCGUGGGGGAGCCCCGCUUCUACCUCCUGAGCAAGGACAGUACGGAGACCUUUGGCUUCUGCCUGCAUGAGGAGCUGGGCUGCCAGGGCCACAUCAUCCAGCAGGUCGAGCUGGGAGGGCUGGCACAGCGCAGGGGGCUGCAGGAUGGGGACCGGCUCCUCCAGGUCAAUGGCCAUUUUGUGGACCACAUGGACCACCACAGGGUGGUGCAGAAGAUCAAGGCCAGUGGAAACCAGGUCCUGCUGGCCGUGCUGGAUGGUGACUCCUACGAAGCAGCCAAAGCCCUGGGCAGGGACCUGUCCCAGCUGCUGCCACCCGACGUCCGCCCGCGCCUCUGCCACAUCACGCGGGACAAAAGCGGUUUUGGCUUCAGCGUGUCGGGUCCAGAAGGCGUCAAGGGCACCUUCCAGCUCUCAGUGCAGCAGGAUGGGCCAGCAGAGAGAGCCGGGGUGCCGCCAGGCUGCUGGCUCCUGGAGCUGAACGGGGCCAGCGUACGGAACUACUCGCACACGCAGCUGGCCAGGAAGCUUAAGCAGAGCGGCAGCAAGGUGACUCUGCUGGUGGCAUCCAGUGCCGCAGAGGAGUUCUACCGCCUGCGGGGCCUGCGGGCCGUGGCUGCCCUGGCGGACACCUCCUGGCUGCCCUUCAAGGUGCGGGAGCUGCACAUGGUGAAGGGGCCGGCUGGCUACGGGUUUCUGCUCAAGGAGGAUGACUGCAAGUCAGGGGCCACAGGACAGUUCUUGUGGGAAGUGGAUGCAGGACUGCCAGCCGAGCAGGCAGGGAUGAAGGAAGGGGACCGUGUCUUGGCCGUGAAUGGUGAGAGCAUCGAGGGUCUGGACCACCAGCAGACGGUGCUGAGGAUCCGUGCCCGUGAUGACCAAGUGACGCUGCUGGUCAUUGACCCUGCUGCUGAUGAGUUCUACCAGUCGAUCGGGCUGUCCCCUCUGCUGUUCCUUGAGGACAGUGACCUUGCCUCAGGCUCCCGCUCACCCUCCCUGCCCUCACCCAGUGGCUCUCCUGGACUCUGUCACGUUGAGGUGGGACCAAAGGGACCUGGCUCCUGGCUGAUGGCUGCUGCCAACAGUAUAGAGAUCACACAGAGCCUGUGUCAGGAAAAGCAGAAGAGGCUGUACCAGACAUUCUAGUAGCCCAAGAGCACCUUGCCUAAGCCACGCAGCCCCACACAGGUCGUCGCCCCAGGCCAUCUCCUGCCUGUCGGUGCCCCUCAUCUGGCUCCCUGGGCAGCACAGUGCUGCUCAGCACAGCCAUUGCACACGUGGCUGCUCUGUGUCCGUGCCUGCAAUGGGGCUCACAGCAUCACACCUCCCAGAGACUCAUCUCCACUGAACAAGGCUAGCCCCAGGAUUUUAUUAACCAUGGUGGUGGCUUCUUGUAACCUGCAGGCGGACCUGUGCCUUUGCCCAGGUGCCUCCAGGGGUGUCUAGAGACAUGGCACUGAAGACCUUGCACAGUUCCAGCCUCUGGGAACUCCCAGGAGAGCCAAGACUAUGCUAUGACCUAGGGGACUGGAGAGCCUGGUGUUUGGCUCAACCCAGGGCUGGCCUUUGAGCUGCCACGUGAAGGGGAAAGGGAGAAGAAGAGGCCAGUGGGGUACUGGAGGCACCUCCACCUCUCAGUCCCAUGUACUUGCAUGGACAUGUCUCUUGUGCUCCUCCUGUCAUCCUCCUUGUGAACCUGUGAGAGCUGUUUCUGCCUCCAUCACAGCACUGUUCCUGUGUCACU